UUCCUUGUCUGUGGGUCCCACAGAAAGGAACUGGAUGUGUGGAUUGCUUUAAAUAAGGGUGAGGUACUGCUUCAGGCCUCUGCAUAGCAACAGAUAAGCUCUGGGCUGUCUUAUCUUCUCACAGAGCAUUUACAUUUGCUUUUCUUUGUCUCCUUUCUGACUUCUUUCAGCCUCAGCUUGUUUAUUCCCAUAAGUCAUGUUCCCAUCCUUGACUCUGCCCUUCUCUCUUGCAUUACUCACUUGGCUUCCUCUCUGCUUUCCCUCUUUGCCAGCUCCCUCCUUCACCCUCCGAUCACCGAGCUGCUGCCACCAUGUCUGAAUCCUCCCUCAGACCAUCUCCCCAGGCUUCUCCUCUGCUCCCCUCUGACAGGCACCUCCUUAAUGUCAGCAGCCGACUCUCAGCUAAUUAUCUGGCUUGCUGAUUAGCAGUUUGUGCGGGCAGAGCUGGCUGGGGCUUUUAGUUAAGGCUCUGAGCAAAUGCCAUUUCACAGCUCCUGGUGCUGGGAGCUGUCUGCUGCUUUCCUGCUUGUAGCCCUGUGGACUCUCCAUAGCCAGGUGGCUCAGGUGGAUGAAUGGGAAUUGUGGCUCCAGAGGGGCUAAUGCCAGAGCCUGGUCUCUGGAGCACAGGGAUGAGGAAACCUCGGAGGAGGUGCCGGCAGCACUUGGAGGGGAGGCGCUCUCCCUCGCCCUACAGCCUCAAGUGCUCGCCCACGCGCGAGACGCUGACCUACGCACAGGCCCAGCGCAUCGUGGAGGUGGACAUCGACGGGCGCCUCCACCGCAUCAGCAUCUACGACCCCCUGAAGCUCAUCACCGAGGAUGAGCUGACAGCACAGGACAUCACCGAGUGCAACAGCAACAAGGAGAACAGUGAGCAGCCCCUCUUCACUUCCAAAUCUAAGAAAGCACCUUCCAAAGGCAAGAAGAAGGAGUCCUGCUCCAAACAUGCGCCAGGGAUAUCUUUGCACUUGCCCCAGCCCAAGUUCCGUGUGGUGGACUCCUUCAGCCAGCCAGAUGCUCCUCCCCUCCCUGCUGCCUACUACCGGUACAUUGAAAAGCCUCCCGAGGACCUUGACGUAGAAGUGGAGUAUGACAUGGAUGAGGAGGAUCUGGCAUGGCUGGAGAUGGUCAAUGAGAAGAGAAGGGCUGAUGGGUAUGGGACAGUUUCUGCUGACACGUUUGAGCUGCUGGUGGAUCGGUUGGAAAAGGAGUCGUACCUCGAGAGCCGGAACAACGGGGCUCAGCAGUCCCUCAUCGAUGAGGAUGCCUUCUGCUGUGUCUGCAUGGACGAUGAGUGUCACAACAGCAAUGUCAUCCUGUUCUGUGACAUUUGCAAUCUGGCCGUGCACCAGGAGUGUUACGGCGUGCCCUACAUCCCCGAGGGGCAGUGGCUUUGCCGCUGCUGCUUGCAGUCCCCUUCUCGCCCCGUGGAUUGUGUCCUUUGCCCAAACAAAGGGGGAGCCUUCAAGCAGACCAGUGAUGGCCGCUGGGCCCACGUGGUCUGUGCCAUCUGGAUCCCAGAGGUCUGCUUUGCAAACACAGUGUUCCUGGAGCCCAUCGAAGGGAUCAAUAACAUCCCUCCAGCUCGGUGGAAGCUCACAUGCUGUAUCUGCAAGCAGAAGGGCAUGGGAGCUGCUAUCCAAUGCCACAAGGUGAACUGUUACACUGCCUUCCAUGUCACCUGUGCACAGAGAGCCGGUCUCUUCAUGAAGAUUGAGCCCAUGAGGGAGACCAGCAUCAACGGCACGACGUUCACCGUGCGCAAGACUGCCUACUGUGAGAGCCACUCCCCGCCUGGCAUGGUGAGAAGAGGGUGUCCAGCUGCUGGUGGUGAUUGGCAGGAGGUCACUGUGAAGGAGGAGGAAGAGGAGGAAGUCAAUUCUGGCCCUCCCAAAGGGUCUGUGAAGAAAAACCAAGUGAAAUUGAAGCAAAAGAUCAAAAAGGAGCCUGGUGACGUGACCAAAGGGCGUUCGUCCAUGCCCGUGGUGACCGUUGCACAAAUUCCCUCUUACAGGCUGAACAAGAUCUGCAGUGGGCUCUCCCUGCAGAGGAAGAACCAGUUCAUGCAGAGGCUGCACAACUACUGGCUGCUGAAGCGGCAGGCGAGGAACGGGGUGCCCCUGAUCCGGCGGCUACACUCGCACCUGCAGUCCCAGAGGAACGCCGAGCAGAAGGAGCAGGAUGAGAAGACGAGUGCAGUGAAGGAGGAGCUGAAGUACUGGCAGAAGCUCCGGCAUGACUUGGAGCGGGCUCGGCUGCUCAUCGAGCUCAUCCGAAAGAGGGAAAAGCUCAAACGGGAGCAGGUCAAGGUGCAGCAGGCUGCCAUGGAGCUGCAGCUGACCCCGUUCAAUGUCCUGCUCCGCACAACCCUGGACCUGCUGCAGGAGAAGGAUGCUGCCCAGAUCUUCACAGAGCCUGUUAACCUAAACGAGGUUCCAGAUUACCUGGAAUUCAUUUCCAACCCAAUGGAUUUUUCCACCAUGAGGCGGAAGCUGGAGUCCCACCUGUACCGAACCUUGGAUGAGUUUGAGGAAGACUUUAACCUUAUAGUUGCCAACUGCAUGAGGUAUAAUGCUAAAGACACGAUUUUCCACCGAGCAGCUGUCCGGCUCCGGGACCUCGGGGGAGCGAUUUUGCGUCACGCGCGGCGCCAGGCCGACAGCAUCGGCUUUGACACUGGCGUGGGGAUUCACCUGCCUGAGUCGCCCAAGCCCCACGACUUUUACCGCUUUUCUUGGGAGGAUGUGGAUAACAUCCUGGUCCCAGAGAACCGGGCUCACCUGUCUCUGGAGGUGCAGCUGAAGGAGCUGCUGGAGAAGCUGGACACGGUGAGCACCAUGCGCUCCAGCGGCGCCCGCACGCGGCGCAUCCGCCUCCUGCGGCGCGAGAUCAACUCCAUCCGCCACAAACUGGCCCAGCAGCAGAGCAAGGCCCUGCCCAACGGGGACACUGUGCCACGGGAGGGGCUGGAGACAUCGCCCGGGGACGGGGAUGAGGAAGGGGAGAAAGGAGAUGGUGCCAAGCUCCCGUACCCUCCAACCCUGGAGCCCACAGGACCCGCACCCACCCUCUCAGAGCUGGACUCUCUGCAGGACCCUCCAACGCUCAAACCCAUCAGUGAAAGCAGGUCCCUGAACCAGCUGCAGAAGAGGAUGGUGUCGGACAGGGAGCUCUUCGACAAGAAGGCUCUGCAGCAGGAGAGCCAGGCUUUCCAACGCCUGCUGUCCAACAACGGCCUCAACGGGCUGGCCCUGCCCCCUGCGGACAGCCCUGCCAGCCCCGCCCUCAGCAGCGUGGGCCGGCGGACAUCGGUCCUUUUUAAAAAAGCCAAGAACGGUGUGAAGCUGCAGAGGGGUCUGGAGUGCUCCCUGGAGAACGGGGAGGAGCACAGGCAGGGCGGGCAGCACUCACCCUCCUGCCCCGACGGGGAGCGACAGGCACGGAAACGCUCUGCCCUGGGCAGUGGGCUGGUGUUUGAAGCCUGCAGUGGUUUGGUGCCUCCCAAGCGGAGCCGAGGGAAGCCGGCUCUUUCUCGGGUGCCCCUCUUGGAGGGUGUGAAUGGAGACUCUGAUUUCAGUGGCUCAGGCAGGCCUCUCCUGAUGUCCUUUGAGAGCCAGGCUGAGCUGGAGCCCCUGGAGCUGGUGUGGGCCAAGUGCCGUGGUUAUCCCUCCUACCCUGCCUUGAUUAUCGACCCCAAGAUGCCGCGUGAGGGUUUGCUGCACAACGGAGUCCCCAUCCCUGUGCCCCCCAUGGAUGUCCUGAAGCUGGGGGAGCAGAGGCAGACAGAGGCAGGAGAAAAACUCUUCCUUGUCCUUUUCUUUGACAACAAGAGAACCUGGCAGUGGCUGCCACGGGACAAAGUCUUUCCCCUGGGUGUGGAUGACACCGUGGACAAGCUGAAGAUGAUGGAGGGACGCAAAACCAGCAUCCGCAAGUCGGUGCAGGUGGCCUACGACCGAGCCAUGAUCCACCUGAGCCGAGUGCAGGGGGACAACCCCUUCAUCCCAGCCACCUACCUGUGAGGGGCUGCUGGGGCAGCCCUCCUGCUCCUCCCCACCCCCAGCUCACUGCGCUGCAGAGGGCAGCACCUCUAGCAGCUGUCAGCACGCCUCGGAGUACCCUGAAAUGUGCCAAAAAACCCUUGUCCAGCUUCUUCCUGAAUGUGUCUUGUUGAAGAGCUGGCAGGAGAUGAAAUGUAGUCUACAGGGAGUAAGGUAGGUUGGAAAAGCUGACAGGUGACAGGAGCCAAGGUGAGUUGCUGCAGUGAGCAGAGCACACAGCACUUGGAUGCUGGGACCUCGUGCACCGUCCCCUGCCUCUCCUGGACCCGCCAGGGUUUUGAGCUGUCAGCCAGUCCAGGUAAUUCCUGGGAACCUGGCACCCCCAGGAUUAUUUACAGAAAUCUCAACUGGACUUUCUUGUGCCAAAUUUACCCUAACCAUCCUUGGCCUUUUCAUUUUUCUUUAAAUGACCUUGUCCUGUCACAUAAAACCUGCA